AUGGGCAUCUCUGUGGGCAUCUCCGUGGGCAUCUACUUGGGCAUCUCCAUGGACAUGGGCACCUCCGUGGGUGUCUCGGUGGGCAUGGACAUGGGCACGGGGGUGGGCAUGGACAUGGGCAUCUCCAUGGGCGUCCCUGUGGGCAUCUCCAUGGCCAUGGGCAUCUACUUGGGCAUCUCCAUGGGCAUGGGCACCUCUGUGGGUGUCUCUGUGGGCAGGGACAUGGGCACGGGGGUGGUCACCUCCAUGGGCAUCUCCAUGGCCAUGGGCAUCUACUUGGGCAUCUCCGUGGGCAUGGGCACCUCCGUGGGUGUCUCUGUGGGCAGGGACAUGGGCAUGGGGGCGGUCACCUCCAUGGGCAUGGACAUGGGCAUCAAUAUGGGCAUCUCCAUGGGCAUCUCCACCCUCACGGGUGCCACUGGGGGCAUCUCUCUGGACAUCACCACGGGCACCUCACGCCCACCCCUAAACCCAG